AUGAGUCUAACUGUACUCAUCAGCCUCUUGAUAUUGUGUGCCUUCGCAAAAGUAGCAUUAUCAAAUGUUGGUGAACCAAUCCUUGACAAAGAAGGUCAUGCGGUCGUGGCAAACUCUGAAUACUACAUGCUCGUACAAUAUCAGGCUCCAGAUGAAGGUGAAUUUGGACCUGGCAAAAUCUCCAACAUGACAUGUCCAGUAAGUGUCUUUGAAGAUCCUACAAGCAAGGGUGAGCUCUUGAGACUAUCUUCAACACUUGGAAAAAAGGGGAUUAUCUAUACAGGUGAGGUUGUGGAGAUUUCAUUUUCAAAGAAGAUUAAGUGUGCUGAAUCAUUAAAGUGGAUCAUUGUAAAAGAAGGUGAAGAUUUUUGGUCUGUGGGACUUGGGAGUGCUAGGGACCACCCAGGUAGUGAAAUUUUGAGUGGCUCUUUCAAGAUUCAGAAAUAUGAGCCACUUGCUGACUAUAAGUUUAUGUUCUGCCCAAAUGCUAGUGUUUGUGGUAAUAUUGCAAGGAUAGGGAACAAGUCAGAAUGCCUUUCUUUGUAUUUUGGUGAGGAUGCUGCCUUUAACUUUGUACUCACCCCUAAGGCUUAUAUGGGAAUUUGA